AUGAUGAUGAAAUUUUUCCAAUUCUCUUAAAAUUAGCUGAUUUGGGAUUAUAUCCUAAAGCUGAAUAUAUUUUGAGUCUCUUAUAUAUUAAUAAACAAGGAAUUGCAAAAGAAGAAACUGCUCCAAACGUAGAAUAUACUAAACAAUUUAAUAAAUGGUUGAAACAGGCUGCUGAAAAAGGACAUGCUGAAGCAAAGGAAUUAUAUUAUAAAAUCGAAGAUUAA